AUUUUCGUCAAUACAUCACCCCUCUCAACCCACAAAUUGCCUGAUACGCGUAUCCAAUGAGGCCAUUAUUCGACAGCCAUUACAGACCUCUCUCCUCCUUAAAACCUCCAUUUCCCCUUCCCCUCUUUCUCAUUUCUUCUUCCAAACCAAACCAAACCACAAAAAGCUCUCUCUUCCCCCCUUUCGCUCUACAAAUUUCGUAUUUUCUCUUUCUAGAUUGAAGCAGGCAAUCGAGUUGUUUCAUAAUUUUAAAUUUGACACAAAAAAAAUGGCUCAGAGAACGGAGAAAGAAGAGACGGAGUUCAAGGCCGUACCUGAAACUAUAACGCUUUGUAUCAACAAUUGUGGAGUCACAGGAAAUCCAGCCACAAACAAUAUGUGUCAAAAGUGCUUCAACGCCACCACCGCUGCUACCUCAACUUCAUCCAGCUCGCCGACUGGGUCGGCGGUGACGAUUCCUCACAAGUUCGCUGAAAAAUUGGCCAGAUCUGAAAAAUCGGCUAGAUUCAGCUCGUUGAGGUCGUCGCCGGACAGGAUGAGUCAAGAUCUGAAGAAAGUUGGAGAUAGGAUGAUGGUAAAGGAGGAUCAACUGAAGGAAAGCUUACCGCCGGCUAAGAGAGAGGUGAAUCGUUGCUCCGGUUGUCGAAGGAAGGUAGGAUUGACCGGAUUCCGAUGCCGGUGCGGCGAAUUGUUCUGCGGUGAACAUCGAUACUCCGAUCGUCAUGAUUGUAGCUACGAUUACAAAACCGCCGGCCGAGAAGCGAUCGCGAGGGAGAAUCCGGUCGUGAAAGCAGCAAAAAUCAUUAAAGUUUGAAAGGAAAACACGAAAGACGCAUCCUUUUACCUUUAUAAUCAAAUUUCAAAUGAUGAAAAAUUGAGAGAUCGAAUUCCGAUCUCCAUAACUGCUGCUGCUGCUGUUAUUAUGCUUUUCGUCGUCUCAGAGGAGGAGAGACGCACAACGAACGCAAAACAAAAAAAAUUUAAUCAAAUCAAACUAGAGAGAUUCGAAAAUAUAUAUUUUAUAUAUAUAUAUAUAUAUUUAUAUAAUUCGAAGUCAUGAAUUUGUUGUGUGAAAAAUUCAUCUUCUCCGAAUUGUUAUUUUGAAGAAUUAAAUCCUUUUAAAUUUUUUUUCCAGUGUUCUACAGAAAGAUUGUGGCUUUACAAUUUCUUUGUUCUUCGUUUAGUCCUUGUUUGGUUAUUGAGCAAAAAAUGGAAAUCCAGUGGAACUUUUGAUCACCUUCAAAGAA